AUGAACAUGACACAGGUGAGAACUUUCGAAAAACAAGGCAUUUUUGAGUCGAUAAUUUAUAAAAACACCCUAUCCUACUUUACCCUACCUUACCCUAGUUUUUAGUGCGUUGGUAACGGAGUGGCUGUGACGCUGCUCGCUAUUCGGAAGGACCUUGGUUCGACCCCGCGCACCGUCCAACCCAGGCGCCUUGAGGAAUGGGUAGUGCUGAGUGCACGGGGACUAGGCACAUCUAUACUUGGCCUACACGAGUAUAUGAUUGAACGCCAGAAUUCUUAUGGAGCACCUCACCCACGACUCAGUGACGCGAGGAACAGUGAAAUACCUGGGGAGAGGCCCAAUUAUGGGGAACGUCAGACUCAAGGAUAG